AUGCCCAAAGAGAAAGGGAGCCACUCCAGCUCCACCAGCGAUGACUCCCUUGAUAAUCCCGACGCCGAGGGCAGUCAAGUGGCCAACGGCAAGCCCACCGUCAGAUUGCGCCAGCCCGUCCAUCUCCACAUCAAGGGACUCACAAGCCAGGUGACCAAGGAGGACAUCGCCGAGAUCUUCGGCAACUUUGGCGCCCUCACCGUCGUCGACCGCUUCCAGGGGCACCUGGGGAAUGGCUACGCCUGUGUGAAGUACGCCCGUCCCGAGGACUGCGCCUGCGCCAUCGAGCUGAUGGACGGCGGCCUGAUCGACGGCAACCGGAUCACGGUGUCCACCUUCCAGUAG